AUGUCGAUCUUCUUUGCUGCAGUAGCUAUUGUCUACUUCCUGCUUGCCGUGGUCGAUGGUCUCCCUGCUACCGGCUACGAAGGUCUGCAAUCUGGCCCUACCGCACUCCACUUCGACCUCGCCAGCCAACGCGAACUUCUCCUCGACGUUUUCAACCAUUACGAAACCUACCUCAACGGCAUCGGCGCUUCCCUCGCCUCCGUGCAAAAUUCGAAUUACGUGCUUACGGCUACGCUUGCGACCAUCCUCGAGCUUGGUGCAUCAUCGUAUCGUUGCAGAGGGGACCGUUCGCAGUGCUUCGCGAAGGCAAGGAAACGAAAGACUGCACUGCAUAGCAAGGUAGUUACGCAUAACGAAGUCACGAAUUACUCUAGUCGACUACGUCUUGUUCUCUUCGUUCGGUAUCGAGCUUGA